CAGCAGAAGAUGAGGCUAUCUCGAUGACGGAACAGCUCUGUGGACGGCGAUAUCAGAUCCUAUAUCUCCGGCUCCUUAAAGGACGACCGUCGAUUGCAAAAGUGGGCAAAGUAUCACGACCAGAUUGAGAAGGCGCUGACCGAAGGCGCAAAGGGCGUGUAUGUUCUCAGUCUUCUACGAGAAGCUACUUGCUGACCCGAUCAGGUUUCGCUGGGUUGAAUGCCAGUUUACAGCAUUAGACUCCUGUGCGAGAAGCCAGCGCCAACUGGAUCUAUUGCUGGCGUCCUUGCCUCGGUCUCUGGACAAAACAUACGAGCGCAUGCUCCUGGGCAUUAGCGAAGAGCCCGCAGAGGAUGCAAGGCCGGCCUUGACACUGCUUUGCUGCUCCAAGGAACCAUUGACUGUGCCAGAGCUUAUCGAGGCCAUCGCUGUGAAGCUUAGGGAUGUUCCGCGGCUCAAUCCUGAUGGUAGAUUGGACGACGAAGAGGAAAUACACCAGAUCUGCCCUGGCCUCAUCGAGCUGGACCGACACCCAGGAAGCACGCGUGUCACCGUUCGUAUCGCGCAUUUUUCCCUCUAGGAAUAUCUAGAACCGGAUCGGGUAAGCGAUAAGGUGGCACGCUUCAGUGUGAGAAGGCCGAAAGCUCACGCGGAGAUAGCCUCUGUCUG